GCCUCCUCGGAGCGGGGCUUCUCUGACUUCGUGCCUUUCCUCCACAGCCGCUGCCUGGCCCGGAGGAGCUCUUCCUCGAUCGUCUCCGAGAGCGCCACAUUCCCUCGAACGGCCCGUCCUCCUCCUCUGGUGGCCAUGGAGACCCCUUCCCCUUUGGCCCCGGUACCCCCUUCCCCAGGCUUCGCCCCAGCUGCCUCAUACCCGGGCUCAGCUCCCAGGACCAUCCAAAUUGAGUUUCCCCAGCAUAGCUCCUCUCUCCUGGAGGCCCUAAACCGCCACCGUUUGGAAGGGAAGUUUUGCGAUGUGUCUCUCCAGGUGCAGGGCCGGGAGCUCCGGGCCCACAAGGCCGUGCUGGCUGCCGCCUCUCCAUAUUUCCAUGACAAACUACUUCUGGGGGAUGCACCAAAGCUCAUUUUGCCUAAUGUCAUCGAAGCAGAUGCCUUUGAGGGGCUGCUCCAGCUUAUCUACUCAGGGCGCUUGCGCCUGCCACUGGACGCUCUUCCUGCUCACCUCCUUGUUGCCAGCGGCCUUCAGAUGUGGCAGGUUGUGGAUCAGUGCUCUGAGAUUCUGCGGAAGCUCGGUGGAGGAACCUCUAACCACACCCUCCUCCUGUCUUCCUUAUCCUCCCCUGGGGUCUGGUGCUCCCGCCCAGCUCCACCCCAGCCUCCCUUACAGCCUCUCAUACAACCCCCUAUACAGCCCCUUGUACAGCUCCCUACUCCUUCCGAGAGCCCUGUGGUAGGAAUGGGGGGCGAGCUGGGAGAGGUGCUGCAGAUUCAGGUGGAAGAAGAAGAGGAAGAAGAGGAGGAAGAAGAGGAAGAAGAACAAAGAAUCUUACCAGUAGUUCCUCAGACACAAACCCAAAGAGUGACAGGAGUAGCCCCUCUUCUUUGUGCCCCCGCUACAUUGCUUCUGUCUACCACCACUCGCAGAUUACCAGAUGGUGAAGGAGCACCAGUUGAAGCUCUCACCCCUCCUGCCUCAUUGCCCCCCAAAAUCAUCUACAUUAAGCAAGAGAAAGUUGAGCCUGAGGAAGAAAUGGUUGUGGGUGGGACCCAGCCUGGGGGAGGAAUGGAAGAGUCCAGAGGAGGAUUUUCUGCUGGGGGCACUGUAACAGGAGGAGGGGAAUUUGUAUUCCUGCUGCCCCCCAGUGUAGGGGGAACUUCCAAUGGAUGUGGCCCAUCCUGGAAACCAGUAGAUCUGCAUGGGAAUGAAAUCUUAUCAGGGGGUGGUGGGCCAGGAGGGGUUGGACAAGCUGUGCAUGGGCCUGUAAAGCUAGGGGGAGCACCUCCCCCUGAUGGUAAAAGAUUUGGCUGCUUGUGUGGAAAGAGGUUUGCAGUGAAGCCAAAACGUGACCGUCACAUCAUGCUGACCUUCAGUCUUAGGCCUUUUGGCUGUGGUGUCUGCAACAAACGCUUCAAACUCAAACAUCAUCUGACUGAGCACAUGAAGACACAUGCUGGAGCCCUGCAUGCCUGUCCCCACUGUAGUCGGCGGUUCCGUGUCCAUGCCUGUUUUCUUCGGCACCGAGAGCUCUGUAAGGGCCAAGGCUGGGCCACUGCUCAUUGGACAUACAAGUGAUGACUAAAGUCAGACACAGACUCAUAAAAUAAUCAGACAACUUAAUGAUGAACUUCCUUGUGGAAGGCUCAGUGACCAUUGAUCCGAGGUGCAAGUGUUAGGAGGGUGGAUUGACUUAACAGUUGGUUACUUAUAUAUUUUAUUCCAGGAGGUGGCCCUCAUC